CUUGGCUCUAGCUCGCCAGCGGGGGACAAGCCGCUCCGGGCCUUCCUUCCUUCGCGGCCCCGUCGGAGCGUCUGAGUGGCCGUGUCCACAUCCUCGCCCCGGGGGAAAAGCCCCCAGGACACUUCGCGGGUGGCAGAACCGAGGAAGGAAGCAACACUCGGAGCGGGAAGAAGAUGUUAAAAACUAUAAGCAAUCACCCCAGUAAUGGAUUUCUGUCAGGAAAGUGAGAUUGUUGUAGAAAAUAAUGAAAAUAAGAAAACUCAAAGCGCAGAAGAGACUGUACUGAUUUUAAGUUGUCCAGAUGAGAAAAGUGAAAAGAAUCAUGUUUGCUGUCUUCUUGGUGUCAGCGACCUCACGUUGGAAGAGGAUGAGCGGGCCGUCGAGUUUACCGUCAGCACUGGGUGGGAAGAAGCCGUCCACGGUUGGGGAAGGACAUCACCCACUGCCUGCAUCUGGUCAAGGAAGAAAGUGAAAAAGGGGAGGGUAGGAGAAGGCACUGGUAGCAGCAGCGAUUGCUUGUUCUGCAUGAGUCUUUCUCAGGGGAGUCUGGAGGUUCAUUCCCUGUCAGAGGUUGGGAAACCAGAGGCCGGUUCUGUGGCUGAGGUGAGCCCCGAGAAGAGCUGGAACCCUGACAAGAGCUGGGACAGCAACUCCCAGGGCCCUAGCACUGCUCCCAGAGAGCCUAAAAAACUCUGCUUUCCCACAUACAUGCAUGGAGAAAAAAAAAGCCUGCAAAUCAAGGAAUUUAUCUGGUGCAUGGAAGAAUGGGCUACCGAAACAGUUAGUGGCAAGACCUACAGAAACCCCUGCAGAAGCGCUGACCGGAGCCUCUCCCUCUCCGACUCCCUCACAUCUAAGGCCCUUGUGGUUCUGCCCCCACUGAAAAACUCUAACCCCAACAGCUUGGAUGCCCUGAGUAAGAAGAACAGCAAUAUUUCCUGGCAGCCGGAAGAAAACUCAAUAAGGGUGGAAAAGGAUGAGUGUGCGGCUUGUACAGAUGAAUUGAAAACACUUGAUGGGAAAGGUGAAAAGAGACACUUUGAGCUGGCCAGCCGCGUGAAGGUCACUGACAUACUGCCUUUCCCUCCGCCUGUGGCCCACACACACCUGCUGGCAGCAGAGUCCCAGAAAUGCUGCCUGCACUGGUCCCUCCUGCCCCAGAAAAGCUCUAUGUGCCCAUCCAACCCCACCAACAUCCACUAUCUUGCCACCUUGCAACUUUUGCAUAAACAGAGAGUACAAAGCUGCAGAAGCAGGCACAAAGCCAAGGAGCCCAGGCCCCCCAGGAACCUUCACAAGCACAUUUUCACAGCGGCCAAGCAGGAAACCAGGUCCCAAGCACUGUCGCAUAAGAUGUUCCCCAAACCUCUCUUGCCGUCCCUUACAGUAAGCAGGGUUGUCAUCCCCGUCUCUACUCACAGAGUCCUCUGAUUUGGCACAAUAGAAUUUCCUGGGAAAAGUGCUGCCUGAAGCUCAUUUGUCUCCCCUCUCCCUCUCCCUCCCCUCUCCUUUUCUUGUCUAUUCUUCAGUGUUCUUUCCUUUCUCUUCCCUUCUCUAUCCUCUCCACUCCCUACCCAUUCUUUUUUUUUUCCUUCAGUAGCAGAACCAGGGGAAAUUGAACAGAUUUGAAUGGGUUUGUUUUCACCCUCAAACACCAUAUUGGACUAGAUGUGGUGACAUACACCUAUAAUCCUAGCAUUUGGGAGACUGAGGCAGAAGGCUGCUAAAGUUCAAGGCCAGCCUGGGCUGUAAAAGACACUUUUUUUUAAUCCAAUUAAAAACAGAAGAACCCACUGUAUUCAUGUUACCUGCUUCUUCUACUAAGCCAUUUACAAAAUUAAGUUGGGCCAGCCUGUGUUGGCCCUCUCCUUGCCCUGUGGCUCCCAUGGUGAGGGGUGGAGUGUCGGAAAGGUGCUCUGUGCUACCCCCACUCUAGUAGCCCAGGAGCCACCUGACAGGGCUUCUGCCCACAGCAGCAGUGCCUUAAGCUUAAAGAGGACACCCAGUGUCUAAGGUGCUGUAUCUUUGUAUUUUAUUCAGGGAGGCAUUGCCCAGUGCCUCCACUGCCUGGGAGGUCACAUCCUCAUACUGCAGCCUUGGGCUAACCUCAGUGCCUGGAAGACUUAGUCACAGAUUAAUAAAAUCCAGCCUGGGGAGCAGGUGAGGAAUAACUUUGUUUGGGGAGAAAAGUUCACUGAUCAUUGUGACCUGGCCUGACCCCCCUUCUCCAGCCUCAACUUGCCUCUAGUAUUUGGGAAUCCUUAGCCUUUAGACAGUUAGGGAAUGAAGCUGUUACUUUUUUCCUUCUGUCUUCCCUCUGCCUUCAUCUUAUUUUCACUGGUACAUAGAUCCCUGAGUUGUAUAUUAAAUGUAAAUGGAUUAUAUUUUAAUGCCAAGUGGUACUUCUAUGUGAACAGAUGCUCUGACCAUUUUGUGAUAUCAGUAAUCAUUAAACUGCUUUAAUGAA